AUGAGUGAAGAGGAAACGGUCCCAGCUCCAGCUGCCGCUGGAGCUAAUCCCGGCGUCGAGGGCGGCGACGCCUCCGAGGAUGUUAAGAAACAUGGCUCAAAGAUGCUUGUGGGGCCCAGGCCGCCGCAGAAUGCGAUAUUCAUUCAUAAGCUCUACCAGAUUCUGGAGGACGACUCAUUGCACGACUUGAUAUGGUGGUCCUCAUCGGGGCUAUCCUUCAUGAUCAAGCCCGUGGAACGGUUCAGCAAGGCGCUGGCUACAUAUUUCAAGCACACCAACAUCACGAGCUUUGUGAGGCAGUUGAACAUCUACGGCUUCCAUAAGGUUUCGCACGAUCAUAAUAGCAACGAGAUUAAUAGCGGCGACGAUGCCAAUACCAACGAUGUUAACAGCACCAACGACGAUGGUGGCGGCAGCAAAAACAGUAGCGGCGAAGAAAAUAACGGUGCUACUGUUCAAGAAAAAGAAAAGGAAAAGAGUAACCCCACAAAGAUCUGGGAAUUCAAGCAUAGUUCCGGUAUUUUCAAGAAGGGUGACAUAGAGGGUCUCAAGCACAUCAAAAGAAGAGCCUCCUCUCGCAAUAACUCCUCCAUUAACAGUAGGAAGAACUCCAGUAACCAAAACUACGAUGCAGACUCUGGCGUAAGGGCAAGACCCUCCUCUAUUCAGGACCCAACCGCCACCUCUAAUGGCUUCUGUAACUAUGUUCCGCAAAUUUCGGGCGCAAACAACCCUAUCCCCGAGUGCUUUAACAACUCUCAUGUGCCUUACGAAAACGCAACCCAUGGGCCGAUGGAAUUCAAUAACCCGGAAACGCAAGAACAAGCCAGACCGUCAAGUUUCCAAGACGAGACGCUCACACAUUUGAAGGAAAUAAAUGUCGAUAUGAUUAAGAUUAUAGAGUCUAUGCAGCAUUUCAUUUCUUUGCAACACAAUUUCUGUUCGAAAAGUUUCACCUUCAAGAAUGUGAGCAAGAAAAAAUCCGAGAACAUAAUGAAGGACCACCAAAAGCAACUCAAGACGUUCGAAAACGAUAUGCUGACCUUUAAACAACACGUAAUGUCCAGGGCUCACCGUACAAUGGAUUCUCUCCAUGCUGCCACCGCCACCGCCACCGCCCCUGCUCUCGCAUCCUCAUCCGCAUGUGCACCCAAAUCUCAAUACGAUAUGAUGGUUCCUCCAGGCAACCAGUAUGUCCCUCAGAAAUCUUCAUCUAGCACAAACAUUCCUUCAAGGUUCAACACUUCUUCAGUACCACCCUCUCAAUUUUUCGUACAGUACCAACCGCAGCCGCAAUUGCAGCCGCAACAGCACAUGGCCUAUUCAAAGCAACCGGCGCAUAUGCCAAACUUCAUCAAUCAGCCCAUACCCAUUCAACAACUACCGCCACAAUAUGCAGAUACUUUCAACACUCCGCAAAUGAUGCACAAUCCCUUCGCCUCAAAAAAUGGCCACAAACCGGGCAACACCAAGAGAACCAAUAGUGUUCUUAUGGACCCUCUAACUCCCGCAACAAGCGUCGGUAUCCAGGGUACCCUGAACUAUCCCAUCAUGAAUAUAAAUCCAACCGUCCGUGAUUAUAACAAGUCUGUCCCUCAAAAUAUGGCCCCGAGUCCAAUAUACCCCAUCAAUGAACCGACAACGAGAAUGUAUUCUCAACCAAAAAUGAGAAGCCUCGGGUCUACAAGUUCUUUGCCCAACGAUAGAAGAAACAGCCCCUUGAAGUUGACGCCAAGGUCAUCGUUGAAUGAAGACAGUUUAUACUCCAAGCCUAAAAACUCCCUCAAGUCCAGCAUAUCAGGUACGUCACUAUCUUCUUCUUUCACACUAGUAUCUAACAAUCCAGCCCCAAUUCGGUACUCCCAGCAGGGGCUUCUCCGUUCUCUAAACAAAGCCGCUAAUUGUCCCCCAGAUUCUGUAAUUCCGCUCGACUCCACUGUUUUGACUGGUCCUACACCAAAGAACAUGGACAAUCUGCCCGCUAUUUCUUCAAACCUGAUAAACUCUCCAAUGAACGUUGAACACGGCACAAGUUUAUCCCAUCCAGAACCUACACCUGGAAUAGAAUUACCGCAGCCAUCUUUGCCCACCACAAAUGCCACAAAGAAAAUCGAUGAGACUGACAAUACCAAGAGAAGCGGAAGCGGUGUUUAUUCGUUACUAAAUCAAGAGGAGAGUCGCUCGUCCAAUGCUGAUCCGAGAGCUAAAGAGGAAACUGCACCACCAUCAAAGAAGGUCAGGAUGUGA